UGGGUGAGAGAGAGAGAGAGAGAGAGAGAGAGACUGAUGAUGAUGAUGAAGCGAGGUGGAGACAGAUAUGGAAAGGUAUCGGACCUGUUUUCUUCAGCUUAUCACGCUUCAUGCACUCGUUCAGUUCAUUGUAAAUGUGACUGUCGCUCAUCAAUAGACUGCACCGGAUUAUAAUAAUUUGGUUGUCGUGUCCUCCUUUCUGUGAAAACCACAGACGGAAUAACAGCGGUGGAGCCCCCGGUCAUCGCAGCAUCAUGUCUCCUCCUCGGUCAGCCCGCCGCCUCCCGCUGACGGCAAAGACACAAAAAAGAGGUAAAUAAACGCAUCGUCAGGCCCGGAGAGGAGGGGUGAGAGUCGCCGGUGAACGGGCAUGAAGCAGCCCGGUAGAUGAGGUGGGAAUGACGGCACGCGCAUAACAGGCUCGCGCUGUGUCACAGUGGACGGUAUAGCUAAUAUUUAGCGGCAUUGUUGAAUGAGAGGUAAUAAGGAUACGGCUCACCGAUGGACUCCAAGGUUUAGCUGAAGUGUCAAAUAUUCAGCGUUUACGGUGUAUAUCUGGCGACAAAUGUGAAGCCUACAUUGACUGACACAGCGGCAAAAAAACGAGUAGCCUAAUGAAAAUACACUAGUUAAUAUGAUAGGCUAAGAGGGAGACAGUUGAGGAAAAAAGAUUUUUUUUUUAAUAUGUUUUUGAGUAGGCUAUUUAUUCUGUUAUAAUCCCAAGAUAAAAGUCAAAGAAUAUUUUUUUAUCCCAUGAAUUUAAAGUUCAAGAAGAAAAAAAAUUCUUGUUAUUCAGAUAGACUGUUUUAUCAUGGUCAACAUCAUAGUAAGUAAAAAAAAAAAACUAUAUAUUUUUAAUCCAAUUAUAAUGAUAACAAUUGUAAAUACCCCUGUUUAACCAUGCCAGGUCUAAACAUAGACAGCUUGGAUAUUUUGACGGUUGGGCCUACUUAAUUCCAAAAAUACUUAAAAGUGUGAACUCAGACAUCUUAAUGUCAUCCCAUUUUACCCCAAGAGGCCCCACACCAAGCUCUGAGCUGGUACCAGUGUUGUCUCAGAGUUGGUUUAGCCUUCUAGUAACCACUUUGCUUUUGGUGGACUUCAAAAUGUAAUAAAACAAAUAAUGUGAGUAAUUUAUGAUAUAUAUGAUGUAUUAUUUUACUGACUUUGUCUCUGAAUAUGGCUGAUAUUUCCCAACUGCACUUGCAUGCAGAAUUAAGAAAUACAGAUCAACAUAUCAGAGACCGGGGGUGGUCGUCACACUUUUUCCUUCAGCACCUGUAACUCACUGAAGGUUUCAGCCUUAAUUUUUACACUAAGUUCUCACAUUUGUUUACCACAAAAGAAACCAAUUCAAUCCUUUGCAAGUUAAGCAUAAAGCUCAUGAGCUGAUGUCAAAAACAGGGUGUUCAUUAGUUUCAAAGGACCCCACUUGCAGUGUAGGUUAUAUCACGUGCUGGAGUAAAUAACAAAUAGCCCAAACAUUCAAAAACAGAGGCGUCACCAUUUGAUAUGUUCAUGAAGAGGUUUACUUCAGUAAAAAAACAAUUACUCUUUUGCAAAAGUACAAAUACAGAGAAAAAAAAAUCUUUCGUACCAUAAAGAGAUUUUUUUUUUAUCUGCACAAACAAGAUAAACCUGUCUACAGCCUCGACAAUCACCAUACAAAACUAAGAAGAGGAUGGAUUAACUCUUGGACUCCUGUUCUCCCUGAUUGGUGAAAUGGUGGUGUUACGACUCACCCCCAUGUUACAACCCUCCCUGGUCUCCCCAUUGGUCUAAAUUAGAAUGGGCUUUUAUCGUUUAUUCAGGGUCUACACUUUUAGAUGCCAGCAUACGUUCGAGGCAGUGUGAAAAAGUAGGCCUACCGGAUUUUAAUAUUUCACCCACACUAUCUAAAUUCAAAACAUAAUCUAGAGGCAAAUGCAGCUCAGCCCGAGUAAAUGAACCAUAUUCUCCCAUAGCUGUGUCAGGAUUCAUUUUUCUGCUGCUACUUGAGGUGUAAUAGUGACCAGUUUGAUGAUUGGAUUGCUGCCAGGAUUUCUUGGAUGGGCACCAGCCAUAUCAACGCUUUAUUUCAGCUGCAGAAUGCCUGUCCAUCUGUCUCAGAUGAGUGGCAGUUUCACAGUAUCUAGCAGGCCUCUCUGCAGGUGUGUAAGGUAAAAACUCAUGCUUUGUCAAGUUGCCCUCAAGAAGAGUCACGCAGCAGAUUUAAAUUGUGUUAUUGAUGGUGUUUCUGAAACAUAGGGAUGACAUAUUGUAAGUGGUUUGGGUUGCUCAGAAAUCCUACUUACCAUCCACUUCUUUGCAUUAUACUACAUAGACAGGCUGCUUACCCAUUGGUCUGACAAUAUCCCACAUAGGGGAGCAUAUCAACCAAACAACCAAACUUUCUCCUGUCCUCUUUCUGUCUUCGCCCUCUCAUCCUGCAGACUGUGUUGUGGCUUCCUGAUGAAUUCAUCCAGCCACCAUGCAAUGUUCCUGGAAGUCCAUGAUGCUGCUCGUACUAGCAUCCAUAGCCAUCCAGUACACGGUUAUCCGCACUUUUUCCACUAAGCCUCUAAGCCUGCUGUAUUCUGUGGGUCUGGUGCCCAGGAGCCAUGCGGUCAACUGCAGCCGUAAAGAUCUGACAAAACUGGGCCAGGGGACAGCUGAGAACUCAGACCGAGGCUGUGAUGAGAUCCGGACACCCUCUUCCCCUGCCUCCUCCUCCUCCUCCUCCUCCUCCUUCUCCUUCUCCUCUUCAUUUACUGCCAACAACAGAACUCACAUCCUGAUUCUGGCUACAACACGGAGUGGAUCCUCCUUUGUAGGUCAGCUUUUUAACCAGCAUCCAGAGGUAAGAGUGCGAUGCAGGUAGACAUGACUUUUAAAGUGAUGUAUUCUUUUUUUCUUUCUUUUGACAUAAAAUCGUUCAGAUUUUGAGUCUUAAAGUAGACUUGAAUCAGCUCCAAGCAAUAUAGAUCCCUCAACAGGAUGGAGGGAGUUUUGCUGCACUGAAUGUCAGAGCUAAAAAUAAGCUGCACAAUGGUCACUGACAGAACUCCAUUGAUUUGAGGUUUAUGCAUUAACAACUAUUAAAGCCAAAUGUCAACACGUGCAUAAAUAAUAGACAUUGGAGGAAAGCUGGAGAAAGUGCACACCAAAGAAAGUUUGUAAGUGGGAUUCAUGCAGUGGAAGCAUAUUCUGCUUAAAUCACUGGACCAUCAGGACAGCAUCAAGUACUCAGCUUAUCAUUUUUUUCUCUGACAAACAAGGUUCUAAUCAACCACAGUGCUGCAAUUUACUAAUAUCCACUGUAAGUUAAUUAUUAUGAGUGAGUGGUAACUAGAAUUAAAAUGAAGUACAUAAAAGGUUAAACCUUUUUUCAUGGGAAACGUCAAAUCUCUGCCCAACAAAAGUGAUGAGCUUGGGGUAUUACUGAAGACUGAGAGAGCUUCCUGUGAGUGCAGUUUCCUGUGUUUUACUGAAACCUGGUUGAAUCAAAACAACUCAGACUCCAGUGUGGAUCUACCUGGCUUCACUCUCAUAAGGUCAGACAGAGAAGCUAAAGCUAAUGGCAAGAAGGAGGACGGACGUCUGGCUUUAUUUGUUAACCAGAGAUGGUGUAACCCUUCACACAAAACUGUCAAGAAGAAGUUGUAUUGUCCAGAUACUAAACUGUUGACAGUUGCUCACAUGCUGCGUUCUAGUUACCUCGGAAGUUGAAUGUCGGCGCUGGGAAUGACGUCACACCCGAGUUGAUGGCAUUCCAGUUAACAAGUUGGAAAACCAAAAUGGACACCUACUGUUAGCCGUUAUUAGCUGUUGUUUACAGUUGUCAGCUGUUGUUAGCUGUUGUUAGUUGUUGUUAGCUAUACCAGUUGUAAACAACGCACAACACAGUAUUUCACUCUUAUGAGCACCAUAGCACUGUGGUCACAGUUAGAAGUUGGGCAGUACAACAUAUACCACUUAUAUAAAUUCACAAAAACAAAACAGAAGUGCUAAUAAAUAAUACAUUACCGGAGCUUUCACUGUUACUCUUUACUGUUGAUGCACUGUGCUGGCAUCUUGGAUUAGGACGUUGUCGUCAAGUUGUGGUUGGUGAGGAUUGUCCGACUUCAGGGGUGUGUUCCAGAUGAAUUUCUGACUCGGAGCUCGGAAAUUCCAACUUCCGAGUGUAACUGGAACGCAGCAUUAGACCAUAUUAUGUUCCAAGAGAAUUCAGUCAUAUAUAACAAUACUUGUUUACAUCCCACCAAAGUCAAUGCUGAACUUCUGUGCAAUCUUUUGGAACAUACUGAUGCUAGGCUACAGACUCAACAUCCUGAGGUACUAAUAAUAAUAGCCUAUCAAGAGACUUAAACCAUGUCACCCUCUCCUCUCACCUGACUGGAUUUACACAGUUUAUGAACUGUCCUACCAGAGAACAAAACCCUGGAUCUGCUGUCAAAGAAGCCUACAGAGCUGCUGCCUUGUCACCACUGGGCAGGUCAGAUCAUAACUUGGUCUAUCUGCAAACCUGUUACAGACUUUGUGUACUUAGGCAGCCUGUGACAAAAGUCAAAAUCAGCAGAUGGACACUUCAAGCCAGUGAAGCUCUAAAGGACUGUUUUAAAUCAACAGACUGGACUGUGCUGCUGGAAAAAGAUGAAGACAGUACAAACAUUGACAGACAGACUGACUGUUUUACGGUGUAUAUUAUUUUCUGUAGAGACACAGUUUUACCUACAAAGACUGUUCGCAGUUUCCCCAACAACAAACCCUGGAUCACAAGUGACAUGAAAGCAAUCCUCAACCAGAGAAAGAAAGCUUUUAAAGAUGGUGACAAAGAAUGACUCAAACAAGUGCAACAGGAGUUUAAGAGGAGACUAAAGAUGGCAAAGCUGGAAUACAAAAAGAAGAUAGAGAGGAAUUUACAACACAGCGACAUCCGUGAAGCAUGGAGAGGAAUCAGUACCGUCUCUGGACACUGAUUUUGCAGUAUUUGACAGUUUGAUUUUAGAUGGGGAAAAUACCAAUGCUUUCAAAUAAGGUCCAUCCCCAGCAAGUAAAUACAGACAGAGUUUGAUAUUUUUCUUAUUGCAGGUGUUCUACCUUUUCGAGCCAUUGUAUCACGUCCAGUUGGCUUUGCUCCCUCGCCUGUCGCAGAGCAGGAACCUGGCUGAGAGGAGGGUGAUGCUGGGAGCAGCCAGAGAGCUGCUGAGGUCCCUGUACCACUGUCAGCUUAGCAAUCUGGAGAGCUACAUACGACCUCGACCCUCCAAUCACACCACAGAGAAACUGUUCAGACGAGGAGCCAGUAAGGAACACUUAUUAACAUACGUAAUGCAGGGGUGAUGCUUUUUGUGAUGCUUUAUGCGUUUCUAAUAUGGAUGUGUGUACCCUGUUUAUAGGCCGGUCCCUAUGCACACCCCCUGUAUGUGAGGCUACUCUGGGCAAGGAGGCCCAGAACCUGGUCCUGACUGAUGAAGGGGAGUGUGUGAAAAGGUGUGGACUACUCAAUUUAACUCUGGCUGGUGACACCUGUAGAGCAAAGCAGCAUUCAGCUAUAAAGACUGUCCGGAUCCCACAAAUCAGUGAUCUUAGAGCACUGAUCGAGGACCCAAGACUUAACCUGAAGGUACAGAUAACUACUGUUAUUUUCAUUUACACACUACAUUAUUUCUCAGAUUGUAAAAACCUACAGCUCAGCUAUAGACCAGAGAGUUUUCUCUUCAGUUGCUCUUUAACUUCAAACUUGAUAACUGGCAACCAAAAUUGUUAACUGGUAUGCUGCUGUCUUUUUGUAAAGCUGUACUUUGAGUUAUGUGACCAGAAUUCCAUCACUUAAUUUGAUUCAGUUUCAAUACUAAGCCCUGAUUGUUUCAAAUUUUUCAAACAAGAUCCGGACCAAGAUUAAAAACCCACUUAUUUAUAACCCCGAUAUUUAUAACCUAGAUAUGCUUAUAACUCUCUUGUACAGCCUGUAAAAAUUUUGCCAAGCCCAGCUGGCAGACAUGCAACACUGUUCAGCACAUGUUUGCUCAAUAUUUCAAGUAAUACCAUUGAUUUAAAGUGUAUUGUAAAUUUGGUCCUCCUUGGAGAGGACCAGAUCUCUGUGGAUAAUGAGCUCCAGACAGAAGUCAUGUUACAGUAUAUCACAAAAGUGAGUACACCCUUUAGAUUUUUGCAAAUAUUCUGUUAUAUCCUUUCAGGGGAUAACAUUAUCCUACUGAAACUUUGAUAUAACUUAAAGUAGUCAGUGUGCUGCUUGAAUAACAGUAUAGAUUUAUUGUCCUUUGAAAAUUACUCAGUACACAGCUGUUAAUGUCUAAACAGCUGGCAACAAAAGUGAGUACACCCCGCAGUGAACAUGUCCUAAUUGUGCCCAAUGAUGUUGUUUUCCCGCCCUGGUGUCAUGUGACUCGUUAGUGUUAAAAGGAUUCAGGUGUAAAUGAUAAGCAAGGCUGUUAAAUUUGGUGUUUUGGGCACAAUUCUCUCUGAACGCUGGACAACAUGGCACCUCAUGGCAAGGAACUCUCUGAGCAGCUGAAAAAAAGGAUUAUUGCGCUUCACAAAGAUGGCCUUGGCUAUAAGAAGAUUGCCAACAUCCUGAAAAUGAGUUGCAGCACAGUGGCUAAGAUCAUACAGCGGUUUUCCAGGACAGGUUCCACUCGCAACAGGCCUCGCCAGGGUCGACCUAAGAAGUUGAGUCCACGUGCUCAGCGUCAUAUCCAGAGGUUGGUUUCCAAAAAUAGACGUGUGAGUGCUUCCAGCAUUGCUGCAGAGGUUGCAGAAGUGGGAUGUCAGCCUGUCAGUGCCCAGACCAUACGCCGCACACUGCAUCAAAUUGGUUUGUAUGGCCGUCGCCCCAGACAGAAGCCUCUUCUGAAACCGCUGCAUAAGAAAGCCCGCAAACAGUUUGCUAAAGACAAUGAAUCGAAGAACAUGAGUUACUGGAACCAUGUCCUGUGGUCUGAUGAGACCAAAAUAAACCUGUUUGGAUCAGAUGGUGUCCAGCGUGUGUGGCGGCACCCUGGUGAGGAGUACCAAGACAAAUGUGUUUUGCCUACAGUCAAGCAUGGUGGUGGCAGCAUCAUGGUCUGGGGCUGCAUGAGUGCAGCCGGCACUGGGGAGCUGCAGUUCAUUGAGGGACACAUGAAUUCCACUAUAUACUGUGACAUCCUGCAGAAGAGCAUGAUCCCUUCUCUCCGGAAACUGGGCCGUAGGGCGGUUUUCCAACAUGAUAAUGACCCUAAACACACCUCCAAGAUGACAACAGCCUUGCUGAAGAAGCUGAAGGUUAAAGUGAUGGACUGGCCGAGUAUGUCUCCAGACCUAAACCCAAUUGAGCACAUGUGGGGCAUCCUCAAGAGGCAGGUGGAGGAGUGCAAGGUGUCCAACAUCCAUGAGCUCCGUGAUGUCGUCAUGGAGGAGUGGAAGAAGAUUCCAGAAGCAACCUGUGCAGCUCUGGUGAAUUCCAUGCCCAGGAGGGUUAAAGCAGUGCUAGAUAACAAUGGUGGUCACACAAAAUAUUGACACUUUGGGCACAAUUUAGACAUGUUCACUACGGGGUGUACUCAUUUUUGUUGCCAGCUGUUUAGACGUUAACAGCUGUGUACAGAGUAAUUUUCAAUUGACAAUAAAUCUAUACUGUUAUUCAAGCAGCACACUGACUACUUUGCAUUAUUUCAAAGUUUCAUUAAGAUAGUGUUAUCCCCUGAAAGGAUAUAACAGAAUAUUUGCAAAAAUCUAAAGGGUGUACUCACUUUUGUGAUAUACUGUAACAACUGAAUAGAGGUUUGUAGAUUUAUGAGGUUUACAGUCAGCCUCAUUGCUGCUUCUGCAUCUCUGUCUACUGUGACAUGGUAAAUACUUAAAGUUCAGAAACUGAAUGAUGCAGUGUGUCUGGAACUGUGGUUUUAUAACUUUUUGGGCACAGUCCAACUUUAGAGCUCUGUUUUAAGUUCAAGUUACACAGUGCCGACUGAGCAGAAAAAUCAAAAACAACUCCCUUUAAGAGAUGUAAUACUCAUUAGAAAAAAUCUGAUAGAAAUUAAAUUCUCUUAAAGGAAUUGUGUAAGUAAGAUCAGGAAAGUCUUGGGAAUGGAAAUAUGUCUUAAAAGGGAUUUAAAAGAGGUCAGAGACUCAGUUGAUCACUCCACUGAUGGCAGAUUGUUCCAGAGUUUUUGAGCCCUCACUAUAAACACUUGUGUUUUCUGUCUGGUGUUUGAAGCUUACAGGAGAAGACCUCUAACUGAGGAUUUCAGAGUACGUGUCUGCUGGUCUAGUACAACAGGUCUGAUAUGGAGGUGGGAGAAAACCAAAGGAGAGUUUUGAAGUUUACUCAGUAAAGUCUUAGAAAUCAGAUCUUCAACACACUGUUGUUCAUGUCAAGAGGGUCAAACACAGAGGUGGGCAAUCAUGUGCCAUGGAGGGCCGAGAGGCUGCAGGUUUUCUUUCCAACCCAAAACUCCACCAGGUGAUUUCACUGAUUAGUCCCUGCUCUCUGCUUGGAGGUAAGGUAAUCAGUGAAAUCACCUGGUGGAGUUUUGGGUUGGAAAGAAAACCUGCUGCCUCUCGGCCCUCCAUGGCACACGAUUGCCCACCCCUGGUCAAACAAGAGUGAGGUGGUUAUGUUUUCUGGUUGGAUUUUUGGUUUUGGCAGGUAAGAAGGUUAUCCCACUAAAUAAAGUGUGAUGAGAUAAAAACAUUCAAAAUUGUCUCAGUGCUGGCGGGUAAAUGGGAUCUUUUUUUUUAUUUAUUUAUUUAUUUUUUUUGUAUAUUUCAGGGGUGGUUAAAACAAGAUUUUAGCAGUUUUGUUGUAUGCUACUUCAAAGUGACAUUUCUAUUAAACCAGAUGCCUAGAUUUUUGUUGCAGGUUUGAUAUGAACCAGAAGCUGACCUGAUUAACAAAUUAAACCCUAAAUAACUGAUAUUUUUUUCUCUUUGUAUAGACUGAGUCUUCCUAUGACAUAUACACAUUUGUUUCAAAGCUGGAAAUACAGUCACAUCCAGUCAUGAUAAGUAGAAACAGUGAGCAGCAUAUUCUUUCCAUCUGACUGGGUUUUGUAACGACCGGUCAGUAUUGAGUCAGGUGGUUGUAAUCGACAGCUCCUCUCUAGCUGCACGUGUUAGACUGGAUGACAGAUGGCAGGACAAGGGAUCAAUAUAUGUCUAAAUUGUUGUUGACUGAACAUGCGAUAACCCAUUUAUCUACUUCAAACACAUGCAUAGACACAUGGACACUCAAUGUCCCCACAGCAAGCCCACAGGACAGUGCUGCAUCUGUAGUCUUGGUUUAAAGUCCCACUCCGAUAGUUUUUUGUUUACUACCAAAAGUGUUCUCAAUGGUCUUCAAAUUUAGCCUGGCUGGGCCAUCCUGUUGCGUGAAUCACUUGCCGUUCCUUCCCACUUUGUUGCAACAGGAUGGCCCAGCCAGGCUACUUAAAAUUGUGAUUCUGAAGUUUUUAGCCAAAAUCACAUGACCUCUGUCGUUUUCAAGGGAUUUUCUUCUGCAGAGCUCCAGUAGCUCAUUAGCAAUUCGCCUCUGAGUCAUGGGCGGAAACAGCGCUGCUCUGCACACUUCUCCUCGAGUUAGCUUGCAGCCUAAUAUUGCCGGUGUAGUUGAAGAAACAGAUAGCAUAGGAGAUAUUCAGCUCUCGGAUACUAAUGUCUUUAGGGACAUGAUGCAGGCUAACAUCAUAAUGAGCUUUCUGACAAGUAUUUCAAUCCGCUAACGCAUAUGCUUGUUCUGCAGUCGUCCUCUCUAUUUUCCCAAGCUUGGCCUGCAUAGCGGGACACCAUGGGCGGAACUUGGAUUGGUUAUGAAGGACUUUUCACUGUAUCUGAUCCACUGUUUGGGUCUGCCAGAGAUUCACAGUGAUUUAAAUGCAGAAAUACUCAAAAAUGGAAUUUCGCACUUCUUUUUCUCAUGAUAUGCCCUCUAGUAUCAGAAAAAUGCCAUAUGAACAUGUAGGCAACAAGACAACGUGAUUUUCAUCAGAGUGGGUCUUUAAGUGUGGCUGUGUUUGCUUGAUCUGUCUGAGCAGUAAUCUUUGUAAGCUGAGCAGAUACACUUUUUGAGACACACCAGUUUGUAACAUUUUAUUGUACAUUUAGAUUUUAAUGAACCAAAUAAUUCCAUCAAUACAUGUCACAGGAGGACUUAUAGAAACUUUUUAGAACAUACAGAUUAUGUGAAGCCGAUCAAAGGGAGAAUUAAAUGAGCUCAGUACAAGGUAGAGGCACAAAUCUAAAGACAUAAGGAUGUGAAGCCGUCUGUAUCCAAUUUAAGACCUAACUCAUAAGUUUACCUCUGAAGAGCGGGAUGAAGAAAAAGCAUGAACUUGUCCUGCCGCUUUAACAAAAAUCCACCCACAUCAGCUCUUGAUUGACAGCUGACUCCCAUGGUCUUAAAAGAUUUAGGGUCCUGCCUUCUAGACCCAUUUCAUAACUAUUUGCUUGAGUUGCAUUCGGGAGAAAGCUCAGGUUUUCCUUGUGUUGAAAGGCCCCAUCAGAGGCAAAAUCAAUUAUAUUACUUCAUUUAAAGCACUAAAUACUCAAAAAGUAAAGGAUAUUGUUUUCAGCUCAGUUGUUUGAUAUAUUAAUUAAUCAAUAUUUUUCCUUAAUCUGCUUUCUCUGCAAAGAUUUGUGGUCAUUUAAGUCAGUUAAGCAAAAAAAAAAGAUAAGCUGAACAACUAUUUGUGAUCUUUGCAAACCACUGUGUGAAAAUCAGAAGUGUAUGUCACUUUGUUGAAUAUUUUCUAGAAGACUGAGGUUUCUGUCACCUGGUUUAUGCAUCGUUUCACUCUUUUUAUUCACAUCUGCUGUAGUCAUGGUUUCUCCCUCUCAAGCAGAUGUUGCUCUAUUUGAGGUCUGCCUCCAGCUGCUUGAGGCUGACAAGUGCCCAGUCUGAUGAUGUUUGCUGGUGUUGCUAACUAAUGGGGUGUCAGUCUGGCCUGGGGGUUAAAGCAUGCGCCCCAUCUACAAUGGCUUUACAGUCCUUAUUGAAGCAGCUGUUAGUUCAGCUUCUAACCAUAAACCUUUGCUACAUGUCUUUCCCCACUCUCUGCUAUCUCCAGCUUCUGUAUCAAAACACAAACAAAUGUGCUCCCUUAUAGCUCUGAUCAACAAUGCAACCCAGCCUGAAAAAGUUGCAAAACAAAUUUUCAUUGCCAGUGAUACACCAGUCACUAGGUUGUAUUUACAGUGAAACUCAUAACUCUUUGUUAACUUUACAGAGCUUUAUAACUAAAGGGAUGAACUUCAGCCAUUUCUUCCUCUUCCCCCAUCACAUAAAUAUCAGAACAAAUACAAAACACAUAAGUGUUUUCACCCACUGUGUAUUCUUGGAGAAUUUAACUCACUAUUAUCCAUCUUCAUCAGGUGGUUCAGCUUGUUCGAGAUCCCCGCGGCAUCCUGGCAUCCCGUAUUGAGACUUUUCGAGACACUUACCGUCUGUGGCGUCUGUGGAGAGCGACCGGACGUCGGCCCCAUAACCUGGACCUGGGACAGAUCAAUACAGUGUGUGAGGACUUCCUCAAAUCUGUGUCCACAAGCCUAGCCAGACCUGCCUGGCUCAGAGGGAGAUACAUGCUGCUCAGGUAAGAAAGACAGGGUACACUCUUAAAAACAUUGGGUUAAAAACAACCCAAUUUGGGUAGUUUCCCAACCCAGCGCUGGUUAAAUAUUGGACAGAACACAUACUGGGUUAAUUUUACCCAACUAAUUGGGUUUUUUAAACACAGCAUUUGGGUUGUUAAUAUUUAAUAUAAUAUUAAAUUACAUUAAUGCAUCAGAUUUCAUAUCGUGCUUCAUCAGAGACCCUCAAAGUGCUUUACAUUGGAGAGCCUAAUUCAUCUGCUCACACAGUCACACCUUGGUGUUGGUAAACCACCUUAUUAGUCACAGCUGCCCUGGGGCCAGUUUGCAUCUACAGCCUCUCUAACCACCACCACACAACACUCACAAUCAUACACCAGUGGAGGACACACACUGGGAGCAAGGUGGGUUAAGUGUCUUGUCCAAGGACACAACCUUCAGACUUGGGAAAGGGGGGAAUCGAACAACCAACCUUCUAGUUAUUGGAUGACCGCUCUACCUCCUGAACUACUGCCGGCCCUUAACAGCCGCCUUUUCAUUUUACUGACAGAGAAUGAACAAAAUGAGGGUCUAUAUAAAAAUAUUAAGUCAUCUAUAAGGUAAAGUGAGAAUGUAACAAACUUUGCUUUGUUCUUCUCCUCGCUUCAGCAGUUGUGGCAUCAAUCUGGUGAGUGGGUGGUGCUUGGUUUCAAAUGCCCGAACAUCUACCCAAUGUGUUGGGUAGUCCACAAUAAACCAACAAAACUGUAGAGAAAUAACAACCCAACAGCUAGAAACUCUGUUCCCAACGUAAAUAACCUUGCUAAUUGGGUACUUAGAAUACGCAACUCCAUGAAAAUAACCCAAAUAAAUUGGCCAACAGGCUCAACCUAGAGGUUGGGUUGAAAAAACAACCCAGCUUCUUUUUGUGUGCAACAUUUGUAGUUAGAGUUAGCUGUCAGAUUAGUGGUCAGAUCCAAUUAAGUCAACAAUAGUGGACUGAACACUAGAGGAACAGCAGCAAAUGCGCACGGUGCUAGCUAUUGUUGUUUUAAAGAGGGGUUUCAUUUUGCUUAAAAAUCUAGUCAUUGCCAUAACAAAGGAAACACAGCAUGCAAGUGGGGUCAGUUUUGAUGAAUGACAAACAUUCCUCCAAACCAUUGGAGAGUUUGAAAGAUUUUAAAAAGCACAGCGUCAUAUUUGAUGCGUCAUACUUAAUGUGUCAUACUUAAAAGCUGCAGUUCUUGAUUGUUGUAUGAACCCACUACUUAUGACCAAUAUGUCUUGUGCCACCCACCUCCAUUGAACACUCAUAAUCUUCAAGUAAACCAAAUUAUGAUCAUGAAUUUUAGACCAAAGCCUGGGAGAGAGGACCAUUUUAGUUCCUAUUGAGCUGAAUAUGAGCUUUAGAAACUACCAGCCUGUGCAUCCAGAUACACAACAAAGUGUUCAAUAGAAAUAAUGUUUGAGGGAAGUGUUAGCUUCAAUAGUUAAAUUCAUCAUCAUCAUAGAGGCACACCUUUGUCCAUUAGUCCGCCCCCAAAAGGACAAUAAAGAGAUGCUGCCCAGACUUCAACUCCUGCAGAUAACAAGACUAAAACUGGUUGUAGAGCCGAUGAAAGAAAAACCCCUGAUUCUCAGGUAUCCGAACAUAGAGGAGUCCAUAUUCCAUAAUAAUAUUGGCAGAUACUUAAAAUUAAAAAAACAUCUUGGCCCCUGAUCCUGAUCAGGAGGUGAACACUAAAAGGCUGUUUUAUAAAAACCAAAUGUUAAAACUAUAGGACAAUAUAUAAGACUAUAUAUGUCUCAAAACAGUUCACCAGGAUCUGAUGAUAGAGCAAAUGCUGCACCAAUUUCAGAUCAUCAGAAAUAAUUUCUUCUUUUUUAUUCUUAUUUGCUUGAUUUUCCUCCCUCCAACACCUGAUCUUGUUCAGGUAUGAAGACUUGGCUAGAUUUCCUCUCCAGAAAGCCAGAGAGCUCUACAGCUUCCUGGGUCUAGAUCUAGACCACAGUGUGGAGGAGUGGAUCAUCAACAACACCCGCGGGAGCAGUGAUCUCUCUUCGCGGCAGAAGUUCACCACAGUGCGGGACUCUGCUGCUAAUGCAGAAAACUGGAGGCUGAAGCUGUCCUUCGAUAUGGUCCUUUACACGCAGACUGCCUGUCAGCCGCUGUUGGAGCUCCUCGGAUACAAGCGAGUGUUUCACCCCAGAGAACUGAGAAACCUCUCACACUCUUUAGUGGAGGACAGGACGUUCCUCCCAUUCCUUUAAACAAUACCACGCACAUACAGUCAGUGUGGGUUUCACGAACCAUCCAAACAAGACAAUAGUGUAGUUUAAGAGGAACAGAUUAUAUAACAGUGCUGUCACUCUGACUAAUCUGGAUAUCUCACUUUGUCUGUGCUCGAGAAAAAGCUGUGACCAUCCAUCUGUUUAUUUCUCAAACUUCUCUAAAACAAACUGAAAUGAUUUGAUUCUGCAGCAGUGUUAUCCCUCUUUACCACAUUUUUCUAUCUAUCUAUCUAUCUAUCUAUCUAUCUAUCUAUCUAUCUAUCUAUCUAUCUAUCUAUCUAUCUAUCUAUCUAUCUAUCUAUCUAUCUAUCUAUCUAUCUAUCUAUCUAUCCUCUCUUAUUCAUUAAUGACUUUCACUCUUCUCUGCUUUACAGUUUUAUAUAUUUUAACCACAUUAGUGCAAUAAAUGAGUCAAUGUAUCGUCAAUAACUAAUUUCAUAUUACAGCCAUUUUCCAGUGAUGUCACACACAUGUUUUAGGAAUUUGAGUGAUAUGAUAAAAACAGCUUACUGGUUGGGAAACCAAUAAUCCCUCAUUCCAGUGUCAGAAAAAAAAAUCGCCGGUCUUGUCGUUGAUGGUCUUAUCUUUUGUAUGCCAUAAAAAAGGUAUCAGUAUGAAUUUCAGUCCAUUUUAUGAACUUGAAAAAUCUUCUUGCAGGGGGGCUUUAAAUAAAAACAAGCUGUCAAGACCAUAACUGAGAUUUGUGCGCCUCAAGUGGUCAUUUUAGGAACUCUUGUUUUUUUUUGCACUUCUACACGGGUUUUAACUUUCAACACUGGAGGCUUCUGCUUGUUCUUACCCAGAGUGUGACAUCCCAGGAAAAUAGCUGCUAUGUUAAUGUGACCUAACAAAAGUACUCCUGUGUUAAAUCAAACAGAUCACCUUUAGAGGAUUAAUUUCAUUUCAGUCCUUGCACUGCUUAUUUCAGGUUCAUAUUAAGGUGAUUAAAAAGGCAUAUUUAUAGAUCAAGUAGAUCAUUCAAACCAGCAGCAGCUAGUCUCUCUAGUAAUGUAGUUCAUUCAGAGCUAACUUUUUAAACCACAGAGUCAAUUAUUAAUGUAGAAACAAACUAUUUUGUUGAGGGGACAGUUAAUGUAUUUGGUACUGUAAAGUCAGAGUUUUUGUCCAGUCAUUUAAAGAAAGCCAUAUUAAACGGUUUCCUGUUUUUAUUUAUUUGUUUAUUCAUUUAUUUUUACAUUUUUUUAUAUUUACACUCACUUUACCACUUGAUAACAGUUUAACUGGCCUUGACGUUUUGUAUGUUGGUCUGGCUUCUUGUACAGCUUUACAAUAUUGUUUUAGAAAAGACUUUUCACCAUCAAAUCACUCAUCUUAUCAUCCUUGUCCAUAAGGUAUUACCAUUGAUGGAGAAUACUUAUUAAACAUUUAUUAUCAAUGACAGGUGAGAGCAGAAUUGUCCAGAUUCUUUUACUUAUUAAAACGCUUGAUCUCAACAACUGCCUGUGUUUAACAAUAAAAGCAUGUUUAGUUUAUUUAUUUUUUGUUGAUCAGUGUGGAAGUGCUCAUUAACGAGAAAUGAAACAUUAUCAAAUCAAACUAUGUGAACUGUCAUUGUAAGUUUUUAUAGUUGAUCAACUUUAUUAUGUUCAAUCACUGACCAGACGAACCUUCUACCUGCUUUAUCAACAGAGUGUGGAUGUUUCAUUUGUAACAACGAACCAACUUCCAUUGUUGUAACCAAAGUGUCUUGGAUAAAAAAGAGAAAUGUUUAUGGUGUUAUACACUGGUUUGUUGAUUAAGCGAGAGAAGUUACCUGUACAAAUAUAGUUUGGUAUUUAGUAAGAGUAAUAAAACUUUGUCCAAAACAUUGA